AUGACUCAGGAUACUCGGCGAGCAAUUAAAAACCCGAAGCGCCAACCCUGGAGAACCGUUCCCCUUCUUCGCCACAAUGCCCACUGCGAGUACGAAGCCACUGACGGUGCCCAGGAAUACAUCCACUUGCUUGAGAGCUGGACACUCAGAUGGAACAUCAAGUUCAAUGCCUCGAAGUGCCAGGCGGUCAACUACACACUGAGGCGUGGCAAGGCUCCAGCAUUCUGGAUAGACGGACGUAUAGGAACUGUCGUUGGUUGGGGCCGUACAUCCGAAGGAGGAGAGCUACCUUCAAUCGUUAAUCAAGUAAAAGUGCCAAUAAUGUCUCUUGCUGAAUGCCGAACUCAAAAAUAUAAAAGCUCGCGAAUAACGUCAACUAUGUUAUGUGCUGGAAGGCCUCAUAUGGACUCUUGUCAAGGGGAUAGUGGUGGACCUCUCUUAUUAUCGAAUGGUGUAAAAUAUUUUAUAGUAGGUAUUGUAUCGUGGGGUGUUGGAUGCGGACGAGAAGGUUAUCCAGGCGUUUACACACGUAUAAGUAAAUUUAUUCCUUGGAUAAAAUCUAAUUUAGAAAAUACUUGCUUGUGUUCUUAG